CAAAACAUGUCAAACCACAUUUUGCUGCGGCUCUGCUGGCUGCAUGUGUUUCUCGUGUUUCUGUUUCGUGCUGGUUCUGCGUGUUUAGUGGCCGAUUUUAGCAGAAUAUUUUCACGCAUCUAGAACCGAGAAGUUCUCGGGAAUACCUACGGCUAGGGAAAAAUGGUCCGCCACAACAACCAGCUGCCGGACAACCUCCCGCAGCUGCAGAACCUGAUCAAACGGGAUGCGGAAUCGUAUCGGGAGGAGUUCCUCCAGCAGUACCAGCACUUUCUGAGCGUGUUGGAAAUCUUCAGGCUGGAACCGGACAAGGAAAACAAAAGUCUUUGCGAAUCGAUCAUGUUCUUGGCCCAGGUGGCACAAUGUUACGUGGAGGAUCUGAAAACGUUCCCUCAGACAAUCGUGGAUUUGUUGAAGACCCACUCGACUACGCUGGAUCCGGAAAUGAGGAACACAUUCUGCAGGGCGCUGAUUUUGCUACGUAAUAAGAAUUUAAUAUCUCCACUGGACUUGCUGGAACUGUUUUUCCAGCUGCUUCGGUGUCCCGAUAAGGCUCUCCGGAAGUUUUUGGAAAACCACAUCAUCACGGACAUCAAGAACAUGAACGCCAAGCAGAAGGAUAUGAAGUUGAAUUCGACUUUGCAGAACUUUAUGUAUACCAUGUUGAAGGAUGCCAAUCCGAAGGCGGCCAAAAUGUCCAUCGAUAUCAUGAUUGAGCUGUACAAAAAGCGGAUCUGGAACGAUGCAAAGACCGUAAAUGUUAUCGCAACGGUUGGAUGCUUCUCAAAGGUCACCAAAGUAAUGGUGGCCUCGUUGAAGUUCUUCCUUGGUACCGACGAGGAAGAGGAAAAAUCCGACGAGGAUAGCGACAAGGAAGUGGACCUGAAAGGGGCCAUGAUGGCUGCCAGGGUCAACAAGAAGACGAAGAAACGCAAGAAGCAACUGGAAGCGGCCAAGAAGCUGUACAAUCAGGCACAGAAAAAGAAAAGCAAGGCGGUGUCGUUUAACUUCUCCGCUGUACAUUUGAUACACAACCCGCAGGGUAUGGCGGAGAACCUGUUCAAGCAGCUGCAAGACGGGAACGAGCGGUUCGAGGUCAAGUUGAUGCACCUGGAUGUGAUUUCAAGGCUGAUUGGUAUCCAUGAGCUGUUCUUGUUCAGCUUCUAUCCGUACAUUACUCGAUUCAUCCAACCUCAUCAGCGACAAGUCACGAGAAUCCUGCAGUUUGCGGCCCAGGCGUCCCACGAGUUGGUACCGCCGGAGCUGAUUGAACCUGUGAUCAAAACCUUGGUGAACAACUUCGUCUCCGAACGCAACUCCAGCGAUGUGAUGGCCAUCGGUUUGAACGCCUGCCGGGAAAUUUGCGUCCGGUGUCCUUUGGCGAUGAACGAAGAUCUACUGAGGGAUUUAACCAUGUACAAAAACUACAAGGAAAAGUCGGUCAUGAUGGCAGCCAAGUCGCUGAUCUUGCUUUAUCGCGAACAGAUGCCGACUCUUCUGGCCAAGAAGGAUCGUGGUCGUCCAACGGAGGCGAGUGUGGAAAUAAAGCCCAAGAAAUACGGUGAAGUUCAAGCAAUGGACCACAUUCCGGGAACCGAAGCAUUGCUGAAUGCAGCGCCAGCGCUUGAAGUGGACGAGGAAGAGGAUGAGGAUGGUUCUGAUUCGGAUGGAAACUGGGUGGACGUUGAUAGUGACGACGAGGUUAUUGAGGAGAAAAAGAAGGGCAUUACGAUGAUUAAGAAAUCCAAGCCCGACGAAGAAGCGUCCGAUGAAGAGGAGGAAGAUGAGGACGACGAUGGCGAAUGGGAAACAGAUUCUGAAGGUGGUAGUGAAGAUAUCGAAGAUGAAGAGGAGGAUGAUGAGGAUGAGCCUGAGGAAGAGGUCGAAGAAAAACCGGAACCGUCACGUAAAAAUGCUAACAAGAAGCAAGCCAAGAAACGAAGCAGCAAUUCUACGUCAAUCCCGGCAGAACAGGUAGCCUCGGCCGGCACGACUCUAACGUCCAAGGAAGCCGUCCAGGAGCUAGCUCUGACCAAGAUCUUCACCGAUGCGGACUUCCAGCGGAUCGAGCAGGAACAGAUUAAGAAAAAAAUGACCCACAACAGUCGGAAGCGUCAGCUGGAAAAAGAGAAGAGUGAAUUCGUCAAACUGGACGACAUUGAGCUGAUUUACAAGAAACGCAAAACUGAUAAGGAAGCGCGGAUCGAAAGCAUGAAGAAGGGUCGCGAGGGUCGGGAAAAGUUCGGAUACAAGGACAACCGGCACGAUCCGUUCUGCUCGAAGACGAACACCGAAAAGCGGAAGAACAAAAACUUCAACAUGAUCCGGCACAAGGCGCGCGGCAAGGUCAAGAAAUCGUUCCGCGAGAAGCAGCUUGCUCUGAGGAAGCAUCUGACUCACAUGAAGAAGAUGAAGUAAAUCUUUACUUGUAUAUGAAUAUGUAUUAAGGAAUACAAUACAAAACGAAAUAAA